GGAGCGUCGCAGUAACUACAAGCAGAAGCAGACCGCUUUGAAAGCACAGCGGAUAGAAAUUGUGAAAACAGCAGGCUCGCUAUCUACAACAAGGUGGUCUUUCCAACCAUAUUUCGAAUAAACGAGGGAGCCAACAGACCUGGUGAUGAACGGUGACUCAGGUGCUGGGGUGGUGACUGCCCUCCCGCCCACCACCGCCCCCCACAAGGAGCGCUACUUUGACCGCGUGGAUGAAAGCAGCCCGGAGUACCAGCGUGAGAGGAACAUGGCUCCGGACCUCAGGCAGGACUUCAACAUGAUGGAGCAGAGGAAGAGGGUCUCCAUGAUCCUGCAGAGCCCGGCGUUUUGUGAUGAGCUGGAUACGAUGAUCCACGACCAGCUGAAGAGGGGAAAGACCCCCACCAGCCUGUUGGCCCUGCAGCAGAUAGCUGACUUCAUGACCACCAGUAUCCCCACCAUGUACCCCGCAGCGCCACAGGGAGGCAUGGCUGCACUCAGCAUGAGUCUGGGUAUGGUAACUCCAGUAAAUGACCUGCGUGGAUCUGACUCUAUCUCCUAUGAGAAAGGAGAGAAACUGCUUCGUUGUAAGCUAGCUGCCUUCUACCGCCUGACAGACCUCUUUGGCUGGUCCCAGCUCAUCUACAACCACGUAACCGUCAGGGUGAAUUCAGAUCAGGAGAGGUUCAUUGUUGUCCCUUUUGGGCUUCUGUACAGUGAAGUCUCCGCCUCCAGUCUGGUGAAGAUUAAUAUACAAGGGGAGAUUGUGGACCGGGGGAGCACCAAUCUAGGUGUCAACCAGGCUGGCUUCACUCUCCACUCAGCCAUCUACGCGGCCCGGCCAGACGUCAAGUGCAUUGUGCACGUCCACACACCGGCAGGAGUUGCAGUGUCGGCCAUGAAGUGUGGCCUGUUACCCAUCUCUCCAGAGGCCCUGAACCUGGGGGAGGUGGCCUACCAUGACUACCACGGCAUCCUCAUAGACAAAGAGGAGAACGUCCUCAUACAGAAGAACCUGGGGCCAACCAGCAAGGUUCUGAUCCUGAGAAACCAUGGUCUGGUGUCUGUUGGGGAGACUGUGGAGGAAGCCUUCUACUAUAUCCACAACCUGGUCACUGCAUGUGAGAUCCAGGUGCGCACCCUAGCCAGUGCUGGAGGACCUGGUAACCUGGUGAUGCUGGACCCUGCUAAGUACAAAUCCCGGCCACGGUGCUCUGAGCAUGUCGAGGGCUCCACACACCCAAAGUGGCUGGUCGGGGAGCAGGAGUUUGAGGCUUACAUGAGGAUGCUGGAUAACCUGGGUUACAGGACAGGCUACCCUUACAGGUGCCCUGCCCUGCGAGACAAAGCUAAAAAGUUUGGCAGCGGUGUAGAGAUCGCUCCCUCAGCCACGGGCUCUUCCUAUGCCGAGGACAGUGACUCGGGCGCUCGCUCCCCUCUCAAGCACAGCGUUCAGAGGCAGCAGCGUGACAAGACCCGCUGGCUCAACUCGGGCCGGCCGGAAGAGGCCUACGAGGAAGGGCCCGACGGUGGCAGCCCCAAGUCGAAGACUAAGUGGACGAAUGAGGAAGGGAUGCGACAGGCUGCAGUGGCCAAUCAGUUUGUCCCGCUCAACACAAACCCCAAGGAGGUGCUGAAGAUGAGGAACAAGAUCCGAGAGCAGAACCUUAAGGACAUCAAGACGGCAGGGCCUGAGUCCCAGGUGCUGUGUGCUGGAAGCAUGGUGGACCGCUCCUUUGUCCAGGGAGAGCUGGUGACGGCGUCUAAGGCCAUCAUAGAGAAGGAGUACCAGCCCAGAGUCAUCAUCAACCAGAAAGGCCCCAACCCCUUCAACAAGCAGUUCGACCAGGAGUUGGAGGAAUACCGCAAGGAGGUGGAACUCAAACAGAAAGGACCCGAUGUACAGGGUGAAGGCUCCUCCACAGCCAGCACACAGCUUCCUUCACCUGGGCCUGGGGAGGGAGGCCUGUCCCCCUCUACCUCCCCACAGAAGCCUGCACUGAAGCCAAAGCCCCUCUGUGUCCCAGAGAAGGGACUGGAGGUCUCAGAGACCCCCUCCACGGCCACCCCUACCACCACCACCACCUCUUUCCCCAGUCGAGACACCCUGACACAGUCGGAGGAUGGUCAGGAGAGCCCUGGGAUGUCCACAGGGUCGGGGCCCAAGGGCUAUGGGGGAGAUUCCCGCCCAGAAUCUCCUCACAAGGAUUUUCACUGUGCCGUGCUGAAGGCCCUCAGGACCGCCAACACAGAACUGGCUGCCCUCACCCUCCUUGAGGCUCCAGAUGCGUUACCGGAACCUGAGGAAGAGGUGAAGGGUCAGAGUCAGACCUGCACGCCCCCCAGCACCCCUGUCAGAGCAGAGGAAGAGCCCCAGCCGGAGCACACCUAUAAGGACAAGAGUGACCAGGCUACACUGAGACAGACCCUCCCUGACCUGUCCCAAGACAACCAACCCUCCGACACCCCAGCCCCCACCCUCCCCGCCAAAGACCCCACUCCUGCCCCUCCCGCCACCACUGAGGGGGAGGAGCCUGCUGACGCUUCCGCCGCCGGCAACCAAGACUGUGAACAGGACGGUGACGAAUAUCCCAGCAAAUCACCUUCCAAGAAGAAGACGUUCCGCACUCCCUCCUUCUUCAAGAAAAACAAAAAGAAGAUGGAAGAAAAGGAACAAAAAGCAAAGGAAACCUAGAUGAGACCUCCGCCUGCACACCCCUCUCACGCUUUGUAACCCUUUGCUUCCCCUUGAGCGAGCCGCAACCCACAUAAUUUGAUGUUGAUGCUUUUUAUAAUUUGUUUUUUCUGGCCUUAACUUUGUGGGCACCUCCUAGUGUGUGCUAAUUUUCUAUUAAAAAAAAGGGUCAAAAUCACUUACGAAGUUUUAAUAAGUCGCUUUCAUUGGUGAAUGACUGUGUGCAUUCAGUCUGGUUCAGUGUGGCUUGUUACGCAUGCUGUCUAUUUAGGCCCACUACUUGGAGUGAGCAGUGCAUUUUUAUUUUCAUAUUCUUUUAUUUUUAUUUUUUAUAGUUACUGAAACUCGAUUAACCACUACAAUGUUUUGGGAUUGUAUCAGUGUCGUCCCCCCCCCCCCCCCCCCAAAAAUGAAAAUAAGCUUUUACUCUGUCAUUUAACAGGUGGUAACCGAUUCAAAAUGUAUAACUACAAAUGAACUGCAUGGUGCUAAUUUCAGAUUUCUAACAUUAGCGUUAAAUCUGUUCACUCAAAACACGGGGUCCAAGUUAGGUUUUUCUUGGCCUAUGGCCCGUGAGAACUCAAAUCAUGUCAAGAAUAGCAUAACAACUCUUCAUCUGAAUUUGACAUUCUGUCACUCCCGUACCUCUUCUAUCAACCAGGGUUUAGUGGCACCUGGUGAGAGGGAGGACUGCUGCUCCAAUCACAGAGACACAUUCAAACGGGACCUACGAGGACAGAUGUAUUUUAUAUUGUUAAUGAUAUAGCUAUAGUCCCAUUUAUUUUGUUAUUCAAAAAAAUCUUCAUUUAGCCAUUUUCACUUGCUGUGAGAGCACUGAACUGAAGCACCUCAAAAUACCACAGCCCGGACUGCUGUUUUUUAACCGUUGCUUUUAGAGGAAACCGCAGGUCAGCCUGGAUCCAAACUGAAAGUCAAAAAAGAACAAUUCAGUCUGGAUUCAGGCUACCGAUUUUAAGUAUACAGGGAAUGUUGGAAUACAGUUGUUUUUGAAGCCACAUCGCACCAUUUUAAACACCGCAUGCGUGAUCAGUGACCACACUGCGAUGGACUACUCUGUGAAUCCCCCUCCUGAAAUGAAAUAACUGUCUCAAGAAAACAUCUCGCUUUCAAGUUGCACUCAAGACACUGGAGUUCACGUAAUCUAUCUGUGGGCGUGAUCGUACAGCCUGGUCCCACAUCUAUUUGUGCUGUCACACCAAACAAUGGCAAUAGGAAUGGACGGAAUGACACAUCUGGGACAAGGCUAGCGAUCUUACACCUUGGCUUUUUUAAGAAGGUUGUCGGGCAGAGGGGCAUUGACGCCCGACCAAUGUCAUGAAUGAAUCCCACUUGCCUGUGAAGCUUGGUUUCAGACCACUAUCAAAACCUAGCCUGGUCCCAGUUCUGUUAGUGCUGUCUUACCAAUGGCAUGAAGGACCAUAGGAGUUGGCAAGAUGGCACAAACAGAUCUAUGACCAGGCUACUAUUAACCUGGUAUAUUACAUGAUUGACGCAAGCUGAGGACAUUAGCCUGUUCCCUGAAGAACCGCAUGGCAUUAAACUAAAGCUUUGACCUUGUAUUGUUUGUCUACAUUAUGACUAACUCCCUUUUACUUAUUGUCAAUAACUCCAUUUUACUCCCUUUUACUUAUUGUUAGUAUUGUUAUUAGCACAAUAAUAGCAACGUUCUUAGUCAUUUCUUCAUUUGAAGUCACUUAGAAUUGUUUUAAACUUGCAGCUAAGCUGUUCCCCCAUUUUACAGAAAUGUGUACUUAUACCAUUUAUAGACUACCAUCUUUUUUUCACUGUACUGUUUAUUUUUGUUCAAUCAUUAAUAAAAAUCCUUCCUUCAACAA